UUUGUCUAUAUUGUUUUGUUUAUUAACUGUCACUGUUGAAACUGAAUUGGUUUACUAUUAAUUUUAUUUUGUUUGAUUGUUUGAUUGUUUGAAUUUAUAGAAAUGUCGGCCCGAAAGAAAGUAUUAUUGAAAGUAAUUAUUCUCGGUGAUUCUGGUGUUGGAAAAACAUCUUUAAUGAAUCAAUAUGUGAACAAAAGAUUCAGUAAUCAAUAUAAGGCGACCAUUGGAGCAGAUUUUUUAACAAAAGAAUUUGAGAUUGAGAAUCGACUUGUGACCAUGCAGAUUUGGGAUACUGCUGGACAGGAGAGAUUCCAGUCACUUGGUGUUGCCUUUUAUCGUGGUGCAGAUUGUUGUGUUCUUGUGUUCGAUGUGACAGCGCCCAAUACCUUUAAAUCAUUAGACGCCUGGAGGGAUGAAUUCUUAAUUCAAGCAUCACCCCGUGAUCCUGAAAGCUUUCCAUUUGUUGUUAUUGGUAAUAAGAUUGAUCUUGAGAAUCGAGCUGUUACCUCUAAAAGAGCAGUUAGCUGGUGUCAGAGUAAAAAUCAGAUUCCCUACUUUGAAACAUCAGCCAAAGAGGCGAUUAAUGUUGAUAAGGCUUUCCAAACAGUUGCCUCAAAUGGUUUAGCUCAAGAAACCGAGAUUGACAUUUUCAACUCUGAAUUCCCGGAAAUCAAGCUUGAUCAAUCAAGACCUCAAAGUGAUUCAUGUAAUUGUUAACAUCAACACCACCAGCACUAACAACAGCAACAACAACAACAGCAAAAACAACAACAACAACAACUAACUGAAUUAUUAAAACUACUUCUAUUAUAUUGUAAAAGUAGUUUUUUCCAUUAUAUAUUAUAUUAUAAGUGUAAUCACUUUUUUUCCGUGGAUCAAAAAAUAAUAAAUAAUAUCAUCAAACUAA